UAUCAAAAGUGAACCGUAACCAGCAAGGAGAUGAAGUCCGCCGUAGCGUUGGGAGUGCUGACGAUCGUGAGCGCUGUGUCGGCUGCGCCGUGCGAGAUUGGGACUGUCUUGAGCAACUUGACCCCUCUCAUGACUGACCCCAACUUGGCCAAGUGUGCGACGGAUUCUGGUUACAACUUUAUCGUCAGCGGUGCGUCGGGGAUUCCUCCAACCGACGAGGAAGUGGCGAAGCUCUCGUCCAGCGAAUCGUGCAAGGCGCUGUAUGCCAGCCUCGGCGGCAUUGUGUCCAAGAUUACACCUUCGUGCACGUUGGGUGGUGUCGAAACAUCCACGUUUGCCACGUUGACCAUCCCUGAAGCCCUCAAGGCGAUCUUCUCGGCCAUCAAGUCAGCAAAUGUCACGAACCCCAUCGCGACCACGGUCGCUCCGACGACUGUACCUACUCCUACGACGACCCCCAAAUCGUCCGCUGUCACAUCCGCCAUCUCGCUGGCCACGGUCGGGUUGGCAGUGUAUGCCAUGGCCAACUAAGCCUCCAUCAUAACAAACGUUUUUGGACCUUUUUCUAGAAUGGCCACAACGUUGGGAACGCGAGCAUCGUCUGUUGCACAUCGCGAUGAUAUUCGUGUAGGCGUGCCGAAAGGGACUUCUCAUGAGUGAGGUAGUCGCUACCACGGAACCGACGC